UUAAGAGAAAGUUGAAAUCACGUGUUUAACUGUAGAAAGUUUGACAAGUUGGUCGACACUAGUCCUUUAUUUUUUCCCGCUAUCGAAAACCUUGAACGUCAUUGUCUUGUGUCCUCUAUUUCUGUUAAUAACCAAAUCGGAAACUAUCCUGGAGUCGAAGUCUUUUCUAUUAGCGUCAAUAUAAAAAUACACCCACAACAUGGAAAUCCUGCAGAAAGUCAUGUCGGGUUUUAGUCUGGAUUUGGGACCUGUGAAAGAGCCACUGGGAUUUAUCCGAAUCCUGGAAUGGGUUUUCACCAUUUGUGCCUUUGCCACCACUGGUGGUUAUGUUGGAUCCACUACGCUCACUAUUAAUUGUGCAACUAAAAACGACAUUACUGCUCAUUUUGGAUAUCCUUUUAGGCUCCCAAGUCAGCCAUAUGACAUUAAUCAUUGCAAUGGGACCAAGAACACGACCUUCCUGCAGGGAGAUUUCUCCUCCUCGGCUGAGUUCUUUGUCUCUGUGGGCGUCUUGGGCUUCCUGUAUUGUACUUUCACCCUCAUCCUGUACUUGGGCUACCAGCAUGUGUACAGGGAGUCUAACCGUGGCCCCACCUUUGAUCUGAUUGUGACCGGGAUCUUUGCGUUCUUGUGGCUGGUGUGCUCCUCAGCUUGGGGAAAAGGUUUAACAGAUGUCAAGUAUGCUACAAAUCCUGAUAGGCUAAUCGAUCAUUGUCUGCCUGAUAAAUGUGAAGCGAAGAGCUAUCCUGCUAUGGGUCGUCUCAAUGCCUCUGUGCUUUUUGGAUUCCUAAACCUGAUAUUGUGGGCAGGGAACUGCUGGUUCAUCUACAAGGAGACUCCGUUUCAUAAGCCGGCCAAUCCGCCACCCAACGCAGAGGAAGGAGUUUCCACCUCCUAAUUAAACAAGACGGCCUCCUUCCUCUCCUUUCCAUCCGUUCAUCAAGCAGAGGACAUCACCGUUUGUUCAUGCAAAAGCUUUGUUUCUAGCUCCACGCAUUGCGGUUCACUACAUUAUAAAUGCUAUAAGCUGAAUUCAUCAUUUCUUUAUGGAUUUUUUCUUUUAUUAUUUUAGUGUCUGUUUGAUGGCACUGCCGGGUGAUAAUUUUGUCAAGCAGGUCGUCUAAAGCGAGGCAAAAAUAAACCAAAUUUUAUUAGAUCAGUAGCAUUUAUAUUACAAAUUAAAAAGGUAACUUGUGUUCUAGGUAAAUGGGAUAGUUCACCAAAAAUGAGAAUUCUGUCAUCAUUUACUCACCCUCAUUUUGUUCCAAUCCUGUAUGAGUUUCUUUCUUCUGUUGAACUAAAAAGAAGAUGUUUUAAAGAAUGCAGGUAACCAAACAGCCAUUGACUUCCAUAGUAGGAAAAAAACACUAUGGAAGUCAAACUGUUUGGUUACCAACAUUCUUCAAAAUAUCUUCAGUAGAAGAAAGAAUCUCAUACAGGUUUGAAACAACAUGAGGGUGAGUAAAUGAUGCCAGAAUUUUCAUUUUUGGGUGAACUAUCCCUUUAAACUGUCUAAUUUGGUAUAAAGAUGACCUGCAUUUCAAUAACUCUAAGUAUCCACUACAAUCAGACCUCUUGAGAAGCAGACGUUACAUUUGAAAGCUCUUAUGUGAGCACUUAAAACACAAGCGCACUAAUAUCUAGCUCUAGACAUUUAAAGCUUGUCUUUCUCUGUAGUUUUUAAAAACUAUUUAUUGGUUUAAGUGCCUUUUCAUUUACGUUCACAAUGUUUUUGUCACACCCAAAACACUUUUGACAACUAAGUCACCUUACUUUUGUCAGAAAAUGACAAACUGAAAUUCUUGUUUUCAGCCAUAAAGCCUCUGAUAUUUAAUCUGUAACCUUUAUUUUAAGUCUUUGUGUGAAUUCUCUGAGUUGACUCUUUUUGAAGUGGUAUUUGGUAAUAAAUUACUACGCCAAAGGCCAUUUUUCAUUUGCUAUCAGGAAAAAUGUUAACUAUUCAACACUAGUCAUUGUUCAACUGAAAGAAACACUUGUUUAAUUGUUUUUCUACUGUUCAGAGUAGUAAUGUUGUCAUUAUUUGACUCGACACUGUAAAUGAAGUGUUUGUAUCACAUGGGAUGAUGUGUAUAUUUACAGAAAGAACAUUUAAUUUUGUGCAUCUGUGGCAUGUUUUACCAUCUUAUUUUUUACAGAGAAAUACAUUUGUGGGGGAUUGCAUUCAGUUUAAUCCUAAAAUAGAGAAUAAUUGUUCAGUAGCUGUGAUUUGUCUGUGUGCAGCUUAUGUUCUGAUGAAAAUUGAUUUGUAUUUGUUUCAUUUUAAAUUGGAAUUUUUUUGUAUUAUUAUUAUUAUAUUCUUAAGUAGUUGAUUUAAUCAGAAGAUGAAACUUUCCAUUUAAUAUUCACUGCCACAUCUAAAAAUUUUAAUCCAAUUACCUGGUAUGUCAACAUAGCUAGAAAAAGUAUACUUAAACACAUUAAAUUAUUAAUAUAAAUGAUUAUAGUUGUGAUUUAAAGGGGAAAAAGGUUCAAAGUGCCAUCUAAAAAUCUCAAAGGUAUUUCCUCACAUCAUAUGUUGUCUAAUUUUUGUCCUGGAGCAAUCCUCAAUUUUGGUUGAGACUUUUGGAAAAUAUAGGCCUACAUUUUUGUUGUUGUGUUUUUGUAUCUUUGUGCUAAGUUCAGAAGGAAAAUCUCCACAAAGGCUGUUUGCAGUUUUGGUUAGUAUUAAAAGAGGAGAGCUGUAAAUAAA